AUGUUGAAGGAAUAUCUGGUCGCGGGCAUUCUGCUUGCUUCGCCUCUACUGGCUGUAGCACAAGACCUCAUUCCUCCAAUCCUUGAAAAAGCUGAUUCUUUUGUGGAAGAGACUUGGUCCGUUGAUUCGAGCCCAAAGGUUAUAUACAUUGACGAUGAAUUUGGGUCUGUGUCGGAUAAAGACGGCCUCACCCUGAUUCCGCCUACCGCUCACGAGUUCGCGACAACCUUUCAGGAUGAUCUUGCCAAGAUCACAGGAUCAAAAUGGACACUGAAGCGCGUCGACAAGCUUUCUAACAAUGCUAGCGGGAUCUCUCUUGGUUCAUACACCGGAGAAUCUUCUGAUCUCAGAUACGAGAACGGCAAAUCGACAUCAGAAGGCUACGAGAUCAUCAUCAACUCCAAUCGCGUCUUCAUCGGUGGAUCAGGCGCUCGAGGAAUGUGGUGGGGAACCAGGACCUUUCUUCAACUUCUCCUAGCUGGCAACGGGACGAUCACGAGUACCCUUGGUCGAGAUGCCCCGGCUUAUGCUACCAGAGGAUAUAUGCUUGAUGCAGGGAGAAAGUGGUACUCGAAGGACUUUCUCAAAGAGCUGUGCAGUUAUGCUUCGUUCUUCAAGAUGAAUGAGUUCCAUUAUCAUCUUAGUGAUAACUAUCCGCUGAAUCGUGGCAAGAAUGACAGUUGGAGGGAUGUCUACUCGCAUUUUUCGCUGUUACCGGGAGACAAAUCGCUGCUGGGUAUUCUUCAUGGACGAGAGAACGAGACGUUAUCGAGGGAUGACUUUAUGGAACUGCAGAGUCACUGCGCUUCUCGAGGAGUAACUGUCAUUCCGGAAAUUGAGGCACCUGGCCAUUCUCUGUAUCUUACCAAAUGGAAACCUGAGCUUGCCCUGGCCAAGAAGGAUUUGCUGAACUUGACGCAUCCGGAAACCUUACCAACGGUACAGAGUAUCUGGCAAGAGUUUCUACCAUGGUUCAACACGAAGGAAGUCCAUAUUGGCGCCGACGAAUACGACGCCGAGCUUGCUGAUGACUAUAUCACCUUCGUCAACAAGAUGAGCCGUUUCAUCAAUUCUACAGCCAACAAGCGAAGUCGAAUCUGGGGUACUCACGAACCAUCAAAACGCAACCAGACAAUCGAUAAAAACGUCAUCAUCCAGCACUGGCAAUACGGCCAAUCAGACCCCGUGCAACUCGUCAAAGAUGGCUACGAUGUCAUCAACUCAGAAGACUGGUGGGCCUACACAAGUCUCAAAAACGACCACAUGCCCAUUCUCCCAGCGCGCUACCCGCAGUUCUUUAACGAGAGUCGUGUUUUCAACUUUGCGGAUAAGGAGGAAUGGCAGUGGACGCCUGCUGAUUUUAAUCCUGUGAAUACGAGUCUGCAGCUUAAGAGUGAUGAGAAGAGGUUGAGGGGUGCUGCAUUGGCUGCGUGGAAUGACAAUGGUCCCGAUGCGACUACGCAACUUGAAGCGUAUUACUCUAUGCGGAGGGGUAUUGCUGUAGUGGGAGGGAGGGCUUGGAGUGGAAGUCGAGGACCGAAGUUGUUGGAGGAGACGAGUGAUACUAGUGUUGACUUUUACUCUCCUCGAGCUCCCGAUCAGAACCUUGAUAGGGUGCUAUCUCUUGGGGCUAAUGGUACGUUGGUAUCGUGGACUCGUUCAGGUGGUGAUGGAAAGGAAGUUCACCUUGGUCACGGGAGCAAGGGGAUGAACUACACCCUCACACUCUCCGUCACCGGCCCAUUCACCCUCUCCGGUCUCGACAAUACUCUAUCCCUGGAUAAGAGUGGAAACAUGGUCUUCACCGCUGAUGGAUGGGAGUACCCCCUUCGCAAGGUUACAAAAGACGACGCGCUGGAUCUUGACCCUGGAGCUCCAGGUCGUAUAUGGGUCAACACUUCAUCCACGCACAAACCUGUCAAGGUAUCGACUCCUGUCAACAUCACUUUGGUGACGGACGUCCUGCAUGGAACGGUUGUGUUCAGCGAUGGUGAAGUGGUAGGAAGAUUUGAGGUCUUUGUGUAUGGCGGGAGGAAUACGCAGUUUAGUUGGAGUCAGAUGGCGUUUGUUGCGCCGCUGGAUAAGAUUGAGGGAGGUUUGGAGCGUUUGGAAUUGAGUGGAUCUUCUAACUUCACGGGAGCAAGUGAGACAGGUGGGGAAGAGCCUACUGAUGUUCCUCAGGGGAGUGAUGCUGCUCGAUGCUUGGCUUCGUCCGCGUUCAUCACGUUAGGGUUAGUUGUGGGAGGCUUAUUGUUGAAUCAAAAUGGAAGUCGAAUCUGUCUAGGUCUUAGAAUAGCCACGGGUGAUCUUCCCCCUCUGCAACCCCCCACAUACCGCCCCAGGGCUGUUAUGGAUCUCUGGCAGGCCGGGCAGAGGAAAUACAAUAAUGAAGGGCGGGGGGGAGGCACACUAUCUCCUGUCAUCUGUUCCGUGGAAUCUAUAGGGUGUCUGUUCUCCAGGCUACGCUCCAUCUUGGACAGCCCUCGUGACUCCGACUACGAGCCACUGUCCCUUGAAGCUGAUCGUGGUGAAUCUACCACGCUGAUUGAGCAAAGUGGCGUAAACGCGAACAGCUGGGACGAGGGUGGCUUGACUGCGCUUCAUGCAGCAAUCCAUUGCUCCGGCCCUACAGCAUGUCUGCAUAUCAUAGACGUAUUGCUCAGACACAGCGCAGAUAUCAACGCGCUGUCGAAAGCCGUCCAACACAUUUUACACACCGUUGCGCAGUCUGGAGGCACUCUCCUGCAACACGGGGCUGAUGCAAAUGCCAUGGACUCAUCUGGCAAUCCGACCCUCUACACAGCCAUACUGAAUAUAGCGUGCUCUCUGCAAGCGUGGGAGAGGGGCCUCAUGGAUGUACUGCUACAGGGCGGUGCUGGUGCUAAUGCUCUAGACGGCAAUGGAGCCUCUGCCCUCCAUCUCGCCGCGACGCACGGUGUCCACGCAGGCGUCAUUAUCUCAGGGCUUCUACGGCACGGCGCUGACCCGCGCACCAGAUGUCGCGAUGGGCGUUGUGUGCUGCACUAUCUUGCCAAGUUCACGGGGCCCCCUGAUGUUGCCAAACAGCUUCGCAACCUGGGACUCGACCCCAAUGCCCGUGACGAGCACGGCCAGACUCCCCUGCUUCACGCGACGGUGGCAGGCCUUGUCAAGAUGGUGCGGCUUCUAUGCGAGUCUGGCGUCGGCGUAAACAUGCCCAUCUUUGACGAUGACAAGACCGCUUUCUUUUGCGCUGUGAGGUUGAAGACCGUCGAUGCUGUGCAAGUCCUUCUCCAUUACGGUGCUGAUCUUCACCACCGCGGUUACUCUGGCAGGACAGUUCUGCACUACCACGAAGCAGCGUACAAGGCUAUGGGCAACGGCAGCGCCGAUGCAGCCAGAAUUAACAAGCUGCUGAUCGCAUGUGGCGCCAACGUCAAUGCUAAACGCGGCUACUGCAGACAAGGCCACGGGAUGAGCGUUCUAGAUGCGGGCGGCAUAACCCGCGCCCAAGGGGAGUUUGCCCUCUUCCUCAUGGCGAACGGCGCCUUGAGGUUUCGGCUUGAUUUCGCCCCAGUACUCAGCAUAGACUUCGUUCAUCUUGGCGUAGUACUUCAUAUCAGACAAGUAAAUGUUGACUUCAAUCACAUCAUUGAGACUCGAGCCAGCUUCGUCAAGAAUGGCGCCGAGGUUGGAAAUAAUUUGGCGCUGAAUAGGAAUCAUAUUAGCAAUUGA